AUGUUAUGUAGCUAUACGCGCUACGACCUGCCCCGACCUGCUCGGGACAAGGAUAUGUACGAGUUCUCUAACCGAAUACUUGACUCUACUCGAACUGGGUCGCAAGGGCCGUAUAAAGGCAGCCAUUGCGCCCAGCCGCGCGCCGAGCCGAGCGCCGCGCCGCGCCGUUGUAUAAGAGGAGGGCGCGCUCGGGGCCGCUCGGCCCGGCUCGGCUCGGCUCGGCGCGACUCGGCCCGUCUCGGCUCGACUCGGCCCGCCGAGGGCGAACGAACCAUCCUAGACACGGAACUGAUAACAACGGAAGUACAUAGC